CGAAACGAUGUUUGAAAUCGCCCUUUUGGCCUCGCCAAUGCAAAGGGGUAAAUUUUGCAUUAUCGAUAAGACGCCCCCUGGAACUCCCCUGUAGCCUCCCGCUGCAACCACUAUCCGCCGGUGGGGUGAGAUCACUGAUGUGCCUGAGCUAGCGCACGUCCUAGGGGGCUGUUGGCAGUUGCCGUUCGAUGAGAAGAUUGUGAAACCUCGGCCUGGAGGUUGACUUGGACUGUAUUAUUCUGGCCAUCUUACAAAACGACAGCUGUCCCACAUCGCUACCCUCUUCGUCACACAGAUCAUCGACACCCCGGAGACCGCAGGGGCACCAUCGACAUGUCUCUUCCCACCAGUAAAGAAGCUCAGCAACCCUCGAUCAGGUCUUUCUUCACAGCGAAAGCUCCUCAGUAUGCGCCACCGCCAGGUUCUGUGCAAGCAAAGCCGCCGCCGCCGCCCCCGUUGAACGAGUCUGUUCCAGCUGUCCCUUCGAAGAGCAAUGAAGAUGGCGCGGCGAUCCCACCACUGCCUUCCUCCAUGCCAGCUGAAGCUUCUAUACGCCACCCUCUUCCAGAAGAUAUCCAACCUCUCCGCCGUAUAAAUGCUCUCCUCCUACCGGUUCCUUACCCAGAGGAAUUCUAUCGGCAAGCGCUUGCAAUGCCACAGACAAGAGUUAUACUAUAUCAAGGCAAGGUUGUCGGUGGGAUCGUCUGCCGCAGCGAGCCUGGUGACUCCUCGAGCAUCUACAUCCGGUCAUUGUGCAUCCUCGCGCCCUACCGUGGCCUGGGGCUGGUCGCAAUUGCGUUAAACAAUAUCAUUCAAAGCCUGCCAGGCGAGAUCUCCUGGAUGACCGCACAUGUCUGGACGGAGAACGCAGAUGGACUGAAGUGGUAUGAGGCACGUGGCUUUACCAAGGACACAAAACCAAUCGAAGGAUACUAUCGAAAAAUACGGCCUGACACAGCGUGGCUUGUCAAAAAAGAUAUACGCGAGCAGAGCGCAGGCUCACUGCCUUCUCGGACGCCGCCGCCUUCUCGCAGCAUAGUCGCGAGUCCGACAGCUGAGGUAGUAAAUCUGGCUCCUAUCACAAACGGCACAGGACCACCCACAGGUGGCCCGCCACGACCAGCUCCUGCUCGGGUCGGCUCUGGUCAGUCAUAUCAGAACCAAAGAGCCGAAACGGAGUGGAACGAUUUGCCGGCGGACAUGGCAUCUGGCCUAUUGGUGCCCCCCAAGAGGGUGGCCAGCGAGCCGAAGUCGAACGCCAGCUCUAGGAGUAGCUCGGCGGCAAGGAAGAAGAGAGAUCGCUCAUACCCUGCGGCAGCCUUUGGGAGCUGAUUGGGAGGCGUACAGGGGGUAGAAAGGGCUUCGCCGCCAUAGAGAAGUCUCUACCACGACGAGAAUCGUAGAUGCGGUAACGAAGUAUGAUAUAACGCAUGCGAGCGUUCAAGACACUCACUAUGAAUAUAA